AUGGGCGUGACCGUAGAUUCUACUCUCGAUGUCGAGGAAUCGACGGAGCCUCCUAUAUGUGGUUAUACGGAACCCAGCUCCAAGCCCAAUGUCGCCAACUCCCUAGAUACUAGGUCUUGUGCUACCGACGAGAAAUAUAUCUCGUAUACGACUGAUCAUCCCGCCGUCGAUCUACCAUCUUGUAAAGAAGAACCUGGCCAGAACGCCCAUCUCAUAGAUUCAACUGAGCUCGCUACACUCCUCGGGACUGAUCUUCAAAAUGGCAUCUCUUGCUCAGAAGCGGCCUCCCGCCUCGAGCGCGAUGGUCCGAAUACCGUGCGUGAAAUGGAGAGUGUCUCCGUCUGGGGGAUACUGCUAAGGCAGGUUUCCAACAGCCUGACACUAGUCCUCCUAAUCACCAUGGCUCUAUCCUUCGGAAUAGAUGAUUACAUUGAAGGCGGUGUUAUCACUGCAGUGAUUCUUCUCAACAUAAUUGUUGGAUUUAUCCAAGACUACAGAGCCGAAAAGACAAUCCUCUCACUCCAUCGUCUCUCCGCGCCAAUAUGCAAAGUAAUCCGAGACGGUCGAAUCGCCUCCGUGAAAGCCGAAUCCCUCGUCGUGGGAGAUAUCGUCCAACUAGCAGUCGGCGACAUCGUCCCCGCCGAUAUCCGCCUAUUCGACGGCAUGAAUGCCUCAAUGGACGAGGCACUUCUGACCGGCGAAUCACUUCCAAUCCUCAAAACUCCCCAUCUCACUCUUGCUGCGCGUGAUAUCCCCAUCGGCGAUCGUACCAACAUGGCCUAUUCGGGCUGUAGUACCACUCAAGGUCGAGCAUUGGGAAUCGUCACUGCGAUAGGCAUGGACACCGAAGUUGGAAAGAUUGCUCAGUUGCUACAGACCAAAUCUGAUCUCGGGGACUCGGGUCCUCUUCUUCGCGUGUGGAAACGGGUGAAGCAUUCCGUCAUGAACAUCCUGGGCUUGGUUGGCACGCCCUUGCAAGUAAAGCUGAGCAAAUUUGCACUUCUUCUUUUUGCACUGGCGAUCUUGUUGGCCAUCAUCGUUUUCUCGGUCAAUUUAUGGGAUGUCCAAGGCGAAGUCCUUAUAUACGGCAUUUGUGUUGCUGUGGCUGUCAUCCCGGAAUCAUUGAUUGCUGUUCUUACUAUCACCAUUGCCGUUGGUACAAAAGCUAUGGCAAGAGGAAAUGUCAUUGUGCGCAAACUCCAAUGUCUCGAGGCAGUGGGGGGCGUCACGAACAUCUGCUCUGACAAGACUGGCACUUUAACCCAGGGCAAGAUGAUUGCGCGCUCGGCUUGGAUUCCUGGUGCUGGGACUUUGACUGUGAGCCAGACGACGGAUCCAUUUGAUCCGACUAGUGGAGUUGUGCAGUUGGAUGAGAUCGAUUGGAGCUCUACUCGGCCCAUUGAGGAUCAUCCUGCUUUGCAUACCUUCCUGCGAGCAAUUUCUCUAUGCAAUCUUUCUACUGUGCACCAUGAUAACAAGGUGUGGAGUGCAGUUGGUGAACCUACGGAGAUUGCGCUUCAUGUCCUGGCUUUGCGGUUUAAUUUUGGGAAAAGUUCCAUUAUGACCAGCCGGCAGCUUCAAUUGAAUACAGAAUAUCCAUUUGAUUCGGCUAUCAAAAAGAUGACUGUUGUUUACAAUAACUCUCGGAAUCAGACCAUGGAAGUCUACACCAAGGGAGCGCCGGAGACUAUCAUCCCCCAUCUAAAGAUUGAUGAACAUGGAAGACAGACAAUCCGAGACACAGCCGAUCGAAUGGCAGGAGAGGGUCUUCGUGUCCUGUGUAUCGCCUACAAAACCGUCCCCGCAGACCAACUCUCUGAAGUUUCUACCAGACCUGCAGCCGAGUCGACCCUCCAAUUCGGCGGUCUAGUCGGACUCUAUGAUCCCCCGCGAGUCGAAACAGCCGCAGCAGUACGCCGAUGCCAAAUGGCCGGAAUCACCGUACACAUGCUGACAGGUGAUCACAUCAAAACAGCAACAGCCAUCGCCUCUGAAGUCGGAAUUCUCGAUCGUGUCACAGCUGCCGUAAAAAAAAGCAGACUGGUUAUGGCCGCAGACGAAUUCGAUAAACUGAGCGAUGACGAGAUCGAUGCUAUCGAAGACCUGCCCUUGGUUAUUGCCCGUUGUAGCCCUGCCACCAAGGUUCGAAUGGUAGAUGCCAUGCAUCGCCGUCAGGCAUUCUGUGUUAUGACCGGUGACGGAGUCAAUGACUCCCCUGCACUUAAACGUGCAGAUGUUGGUAUCGCCAUGGGGAAGAACGGAAGUGAUGUUGCCAAGGAGGCGGCCGAUAUGGUCUUGACAGAUGAUAACUUUUCGUCUAUUGUCAAGGCUGUUGAGGAGGGCAGGCGACUGUUUGAUAACAUCCAAAAGUUCCUCAUGCACCUGCUCAUCUCGAACAUUGCUCAGGUCAUCCUCCUUCUGAUCGCGCUCGCUUUCAAAGAUAAAGGCGGAGACUCGGUCUUCCCUUUAUCUCCACUCGAGAUCCUCUGGGCUAAUCUGGUCACAUCUUCGUUCCUGGCUGUAGGUCUCGGUCUGGAAGAAGCCCAGCCUGAUAUCAUGUACAGACCACCCCACGACCUUCGAAUUGGCGUUUUCACUCGCGAACUGAUCGUCGAUAAAAUGAUCUACGGAACGUUCAUGGGAACCUUGUGCCUUGUUGCGUUUGUCUGUGUGAUAUACGCCGCCGGAACGGGCACUUCAUCUCUAGGAGAUGGGUGUAACGCGGGCUAUAACCCAACCUGCGACAGUGUGUUCCGCGCUCGGGCAACUACAUAUGCAACGCUUACCUUCCUCCUGCUCGUCACAGCCUGGGAAGUAAAGCACUUUUCUCGAUCUCUGUUCAACAUGGAUCCAAUUCGAUAUCCCAAAACAUUCUCCGUCUUCCCUACAGUCUGGAAUAACAGAUUCCUGUUCUGGGCCGUGAUGGCUGGGUUUGUCAUUGCAUUUCCUGUCAUCUAUAUCCCGGUCAUCAACCAGCUUGUCUUCAAGCACCAGGCUAUCACAUGGGAGUGGGGUGUUGUCUUUGGAUGCACGCUUGUGUACUUGAUCCUUGUUGAGGGCUGGAAGGCUGUUAAGAGGGCUUUCAGUAUUGGAAGUGGGAAGAAUGCUACCCUUACUUUGGAAGAUGCCGAGAUGCGAGCUGGUCUAGCUACUUUGACGCCGCUCUCGCUGAGUGCGAAUGCUAGUGUUGAGUUAAAGUAA